CACUUUUGUUCUGUGUGGAAUACACGGCCAGAGUGUCCCAGGAAGACUCGUGUACCUCUCAGCCGUGUGCAUGGACCAGGACGGUCGCAAGAAAGGAGGACAUGGUCCCUGUCCACCAGCUGGACCUCAGCAAGCCUGGAAUGCCGAGCCGAACCCUUCCCGAAGAACCAAACCAUGUGUCCGGGGAUUUCCAGCUCGCCGACAAAGCCCUCUUCCAAGAGAUUCACCGACUAAACCCUCAAGCAGUCGUCCUGAGGUCCAUCCCAAAGAUGGACGACGAGGACACCGACUCCGCCUCAGAGGACGAACAGUCCUACACAUUUUUGAGGAAAGUCAGGAGGACAAGAUCAACGAGGAUGUCGCUCCCGCAAGACAUGUUUGUUCCCAUGAGAGAAAUUGAGAGGAUAGAAAAGAGCACGAGACGGCAGGCGACAACACUUAUGUGGCGGGAGGUUCGCUACGGCAGAAUAACUGCUUCCAUCAUCAACAAGGUUCGCACAAUGCGAGACACUACAUCCCCAAAGGCCAUCCUCGACCUCGUUCUACUAAGAACCCCGCCACUGACCACCGAGGCCAUCCGCUGGGGUGUCGAGAAGGAGCCCGAAGCCAAGGAGGCAUAUCAGAAGUUCAUGGAGACUUGCCACAGCAACUUCAGGCUUUGCAGUGUUGGGUUCGUGAUCGAUAAGAAGGAUAACUUCCUUGGCGCGUCCCCCGACGGGAUCUGGACGUGCAGCUGCCAUGGGGUAGGGACAUUGGAAGUCAAGUGCCCGUGGACACUGCGCCAUGAUGACUCUCAAGCCAAGGACUAUGAGUGCCUCACCGCUGACUUGCAACUGAAAGAGUCGCAUCAGCAUUUCAUGCAGGUGCAGACGCAACUGCAUGUUUGCCGAAAAGAAUCUGCACACUUCUUUGUGUGGACUCCAAAUGACUACGAGCUAAUAGUCGUACCCAUUAACAGGGGACUUUAUGCUCCUGUUCUGGAGAAGGCACGAUCAUUCUGGGUCGAUCAUGUCGUACCGGAGCUAAUGUAAUAGGUUGAAUAAUCUGGUGCUGAAGGGGCACUGAAGUGGUUUUUAUAAAAGAUUGUUUUUGAUAUAUUGUUGAAAAGGUGUUAGUUAUACAUACAUAAAAUUAUAG